UAUGAGUAAGACCAACGACAUUUUAAUCCUAUCUUUUCUGUUGGCAGGUGACGUACGUAUGUCUUGGUGUGCAAUUGUGAGGAGGUAGUCAAUAAUCAUGACUGCCAUGGUGAGACCUGGCAUCAAGGUUUCAGUUCUGUGUGAGGAUGCAGACAAGUUGCUAGAGGCUGGCGAACUGGUUCGGGCUACCUACCUCUACACGUCAGCUUUCAGUACUCAUGCAGGAACAACUGUUUCCCAUAUGCGCAAAAUGGAGUUGUCAGACCUUCAAGGAGUCAUCUCGAUUCUAGAAAGUUGGCUCGACCACCCAGAGGUCCAACCUGAUGAAGUUCUCAGUAAAGGUUUGGUAGCUCUCUUUCUGUCCACGCUCUGCCCAAAUAAUUUGACGGCCACCGUUUUCAAAAUGGAGUCCCUCCUUCAGAGUGGCGGGCAAGGCUGUGAGGAGAUCUUUGCUCGCUGUACUGCUCUGCUUGAACGGAAACAAAAGCCAAAUCCAGAGGACAUUUGUUAUGUAGCGUUGGAGAUAACCCGCGCCUUGUCCUGCUUGUUGUCAGAGUCUCGCCGAACGACGGGUCUGAAGCUUUACCUCAAAACGUACAAGAGCAACAAAUGUGAAACUGUCAAAUUGGUAAAGAGCAGACAAGCUGCUCAAAUACCCCAAAUAGUAAAAGCCGUGACAGACCAAAUGCAUCACUGGCAUCCCUCCUUGAUGCUGGACAGCAAAUGUGAAGCAACCAAGAAGGACAGUAUGCAAUUGAAUCUUGAGGCUGCUUCUCCACUGCUGGAGUUCCUUUUGGAGCUUUCACCAGAUGACAGCCACGUGCAGGAGCUCCAGGCGGCACAUUUGUUUUUCAUAGGCCGCUUUGGCGACAGUGCAGAUGUGUAUUCAGCUAUCUUGGAGAUGAUCCAAGACACACCUGACAGGCGAGCGAGGAUCUUAACCGGUCGAGCAGCCGCCUUUCUCUCGGCGGGAGGCCGGGUUGCAGAGGCCUGUCUGGAUUUGGGCCAAGCCUUCGAGGCGCACCCCCCUUGUGCCCGAAUUUACUUCCAAAAGCUCUUCACUGAUCUUGGCACAGGUUGGGCUGCUUGCAACCAUCUUCGUCAGCAGGCUGAAAAGGGUCUCUCUGCUUUCCGGGAGACUGUCCUCAUCCGAGCCGACCUGAGGUCCCUAGACGGAGUGGAACUUCUGGACCCUGUGAUCGCUCAAUUACGAACCCUUUGCCAUUUGGAGCCUGACGGUGGACGACGAGAGCUGCGGGUGCGACUGGCCGAGUGUCUUCUUCUCAGGGGGGAGCAUAAGGAGGCCCUCUCUAUUUGUAGUCAGCUGGCCAUUUCCAAAGAUCAGAAUAGCUAUCAGAACACUGUGCAAGUGCUCUGUGGCUAUGCGCGACUUCUCACAGAUGACCACAAAGGGGCGCUAGAGGACUUCCAGGCUGUGAUUGAACACAAUGCCCCUCACCCACCUAGCUGUGUGCGGGCACUUUGUGGAAGGGGGCUUCUGCGCAUGACCGGGGGCUUCAACUAUCUCACAGCUCUCGACUAUGUGACGGCCAACAGGUUGCACCCGCUGGAGACGUCGUUGACCGUUCGCUGUCUGGUGCCGUGGAACCUCCGGGGUCUGCUCUUGACUGUGCUUCUGGAGCAGGGUCGGGUCAUGCUGGAGCAGGCUGGACGCCGUCAGUCGGCCGCAUGUGAAAAUUACUCACAGCAGGCUCAGCAGGAUGAUCAGCUAAAUGUUACAUCUAAGCCAGAUGACCACAAGGCAGGAUCUCCUGCUGGUGUUCACUGCCUUGCCAUGUUGCUCAUGGAGCUCCAACCAGGCACCGAUGGGCCUCAGAUCUUAGCAGCAGACGCCUUGUACCAGCUAGGACGAGUGGAGGAGGCUUAUCGCUUGUUGUUGCUUUCCAUCGGGCAUAAGAGUCCUCGGGCACCCGUCCUGGCCCGACUCGUACUUCUGCAGCUGCACAGGGGCUUUCUCUAUGACACCAAUCAGCUGCUAAAAAAGCUCAUUCAAUGUGGCGAUACCAGUUGUCUACGCCCCUUGUUGACAGUGGCGAAGCAAAAGGACCGGGCACUGCUACAGGCGCGCUGCCACUCUGCUGCCAAACGCCUUCUGGAAUGCACGACAGAGGAGAGCGCCAUCAGGGAGGCUGUGGCCUAUCUCUCAAUCGCCAUCAUCAUUGCUGAUGGCGGGGCAGUCGACUCCUUGCUGGAGAGAGGGAGGUGCUACGCUCUGCUCGGCCAAAGAAAGACAGCCAUCUUUGAUUUCAGUGCCAUUCUCAAGGAGCAGCCCAAACAUGUUGAAGCACUCUGCGGAAGAGGCUUCACGUACCUCCUGCUCAACCAGCAAAAGGAAUGCACCCAUGACAUUCUGGCAGCACUGCAGAUAAACACUGAUGAGGUCACCAAAGACCUUCUGUCACUCAAGGACAGAGCGCGCAAGCUGGUCAGUGAUUGGCUGCAUGAGUUCUGCAGGAGCAGCCUGUCAGACGUCCUAGUCGCCAAUAAUGUCCCUUGCCACGAGGAUCGGCUCAGGGAGGCUUCCGUAAUCUGCGCUGCUUUGACGAAGACUAACUGUGCAGGCCCCAGAUGGCAUCUCCUCUGUGUUGACAUACUUUUAGCCAAAGGUGAAGUGGAGGCGGCAGGUGCUCACCUGAGCCAGAUGUUCAGCCAGGAGCCAAGAAAUCCUUCAGCCAAGGCCAGGGCGGGUGUAAUGGAUGCUUGGCGGCACAAUUAUUGCAGAGCAGCUCGCAGACUCUGCAAGCUUGCUGAGAAAGAAUCUUCAUGUCUGGAACUCUUGUUGGCUCUGAUCCCAUCCAAUCAGAGGGAACAGGUAGCAAAGGCAGCAGCACAGGAUGCCAGCAGCGUGUGUUCAGAUGGAAGCUGGGAUCAGGCUCUUCCUCUCCUGACGCUGGCAGUACAAGCAGCGGACAAACAUAGACUCCAGUAUCUUCGGCAGCGGGCAGUCUGCCUCGCGCGACUUGGCUUACACGAGCGUAGCGUAGCUGACCUCGAUGGAGUCAUUCAGAAGCACGGCUGUUCCGACGCCGGCUGCUCCAACGACCCCCAAGUCUGGGCGGAAGACUUGUGCCAUCGCGGAUGCAGCCUGGUGCUGUGUUCCAGAGAAGGACCCGCCCUGGAGGACUACAGCAGGGCCCUUGAGCUCCACAAGGAGCGGACCUUCCAAUGUGUGGAAGAAGGUCUGGGGAGGCUACGCGUUGGUGAGUGCUUUUUGAGGGGGGCGCUGCAGCACUAUGGCGAGCAGCAGCUCAGCAAAGCUUGGGCCUUGAUCGAAUGGGGCCUCGUUGUGGACGGCGACAAUGCAGAACUCCGCCGGCUGAGGGCAAAGGUCAAACGAGAAGUGGCUAGCCCUUGUAAUGUCAACUAGCGAGUCCACAAAACAAUUCUUAAUUCAGUACAGAAUCUUUCAGGACAGCGGUUUGGGUAGAGCAAAACAAUUUGGAAUAAAUUAUGAUGUAAAUUAGAAAAGUGCAUUAUUAAGACAAAUACACAUUCCUAGGAAAUCUCAUCAAUUUGACAUCCCUGCUGAUUGCCUUCCACUUGGCUCCUUUUUUGUUAUAUGGAACAAAAUGUGAAAAUGAUCCCCCUAAUGUGUUUUGUAUUUUAGUGGGAAUUAAACUCACUAGUCAUUUUAAUCUAAAAUGCUGUAGUUUAGUUGUUACAGUGGUCAUAGGUGUUGCUAAAUAUAGCAACCAAAUUCCCAAGUUGACACCACUGUGCUUUUGUAAACUAGCUCCUUUCUGUUCGUAGCCUUGUUGUCAUUUGUAAGCAGUGUAUGAUGGCGAGGAUCAAAGAAUAAAUAUUGAAUUUAAUCAACCAA